AUGAACAUCAAGCUGAACGUGUUGCUGAUCGAAGGCUUCCUCAUCUUCAACCAUCCGUUCACGUUGGAUUUGUGCAACAUCAAGUUCCAUCUUCAUUUGCCGUACGAAAAGUGUUACGCAAGGCGGAUUGAACGGACGUACGAUCCGCCGGACGUGGUGGGCUACUUUGAGAUGUGCGUUUGGCCGCUGUACGAGAAGCAUUUCAAGGAGUUCAAGGACCAGCCGGACAUUUUCAUGCUCAACGGAGAGAUUGCCAAGGAGAACAUCUUCAACUACGUGCUGAACUGCGUCAAGAAUUUGCUGUGA